GGUCGUGCUGGGCGCGUACAUCGACGGCUUCUGGAGCCCUUGGCACGACAUGGCCGUCGUGUGGCUGCGGCUGGCGCAGGGAUUCCUGUUCCCCCUCGUGCUGUGCGUCACGGACCGCCACCACUGGUCGGCGCUCAAGAAGACCCUUCAGCGACGGUCUGCGUCGGCAGACUUCACCGGGGGUGACGAGAACCGGUACCGGCUGUACACCGGCGACGCCAAGAGCUACAUCAAGCACCUGGGUCCCGUGGCGCCCAUAGGCAUCGUCACAAACUACAAGCGUUCGUCGACCAACUAUGGCCGCGUGUCCAAGACCCGUCCCGGCCGCUCCAGCUCUUCGAGGGGCAGCGACCGGCCCCGGAUUCCGGGUCUGCCGCCGCCCAAUUACCUGGUGCAGGGCAUCUACAACGUCGACUGCAUGAUCGACAAGGCGGCGUACCUGCGAAGCUGCGCCGUCCAGAUGCAGCAUCAGCAGCACUUGCAACAGCAGCACCUGCAGCAGCAGCAGCAUCAACUGCAUGCGCCCGGCAGUCCGGGGUCUCCGCUAAAGCGGCCCCUGGAAGACGCCGGAAGCUGCUGCUCCAUCGACUCGGCGGUCAAGGUGCACAUCCCGGCCGUCGACUACGACUCCGAGAAGUCGCGGCCCGACGAGAACGAGCGACGCCACCAGGCGGCCGUCUUGACGCCGCAGGACCUGCCGGCGUGGAUACAGCAGGCCCAGGAAGAGGACCACAUCUACGCGACGCUGUCGGACACGCUCAGUCUCAGGUCCACCGUUGCCGGAGAGAGCUGUGCCACGCUCAGUGCUCCCGAGGAAGAAUCCGACUCGGAUGACGCCGGCUCGUUCACGACGGACGCCAACGACGACUUCGAGUUUCACGACACCCGGCCUUGCGGCGGCGAGGUGCGCAUGCGGCCUUCGACCGGCUCGGACGUCGCGUACGCCACGUACGGCGUGGUCCAACACCACCAUUCGACCGAGGAUGGCGGCGGCUAUGGCCGCAUCCAGAAGCCCGUCGACCCGCCCCCGUACCAGGAGUCCUGCAGUAUCGCCGGCUCUCGUAACGCCUCGUAUUCCAUGAACGACCUCGACCUCAUCGACAAGAUGGAAGACGGUGACGACGACCAGACGGAAGACGGAUUCCGUGCGCCGUGGCGACAACCCAGGAGCGAGUCCCUCAUGUCACUGUACAAUCCUCCCGCUGAACAGGAACCCCAAGUCGUGGCCGAGGAUGUCCUGGUCAAGGAUCCAGCGGUUACGAGCGACCCUUACAGUCUGGGCCAGAAGGUCAUGGAGGCCAUCAUGAAGAACGGACGCUCGUCGUUCGUCAUCCGCCGAAACUACGUGCGCAAGGCCAAAAAGAGGAUCGGCCUCAAGAAGCACAAGCUCGUUUUCGACUGCGAAGGCAUCGACGACGGUUUCAUGGCCGUUCGUAGGUUCCCUUUCCAGCAGUCCCGGCUGGGCGGCAUCAACGCCAUCCGCAGGAUCGGCAGCCCCACGAGCCAAUGGCACGUGCCCGCGGGACCUGCCGGGAGGCUGACGGUCAUCUCCGAGUUCAUCUAGGUGUACAUAUGUUAUGACGAAGGUCUCCUUCGGGCCCUUGGAAGAAAGACGAGCGAUGAAGCGGCCACCUAUCAUGUACAUAGCGCUGCUCUUAUGGCUGUCGAAAAAGUGUCAAACAAGCACCCCCCCUCCCCGCCCCCUUCCCGGCGCUCCACGAAAUGACGUGCGCUUCAGCGCUCUCCUUGAUGGAUGAUUGAAAGCAUUGACAGAUUGACAACCUUAGGAUAUUGCGAUAGAGACAUAUCCUUGCGCCACAACUUGGAGGACGUGAGAACUGCCGUCUUCUAGAGAGACUAGAAACACCUUCAGAUGGAAGUCAAAGGUAGCGAGCAGGCUCAAGUCCGUAAGCUAUAGGGACCAGGCGCAGCAUGGCGUAGUGUUAGCCCACUCCCUUGUGUGAACUACGGACCGAAAGUAGACGCGAUCGAACUACGUUGGCCAAGACAUUGAACGUAGUUCCUUGUAAAUCGUCCUUUCCAGGUUUUUCCCUUACAUUACAGUCAUCCUCUCUCCAAGGCUACGUCAGAUCUUGCGUCAACCAGAUUGAACUUCACUGCUUCUUGCAGUAGUGGGUUGAGCAAGAUGGUAUAAUUUCCACGUAGUUCCACCAGAGAUGCAUAUUGUGAAGAGAGUGAAACAACAGACCCUUUUUCGUAGAGAAACUGCGUACAUUUUUUUUUUCCUUGACUAACCUGCCACACAAUCCCUCGUUUCAAACAGUGAACGUCUCUUCUUUAUCGGCCAAACAGCUUUCGUGUGCAGCCUUAUUCAAAUGCGAAGUGCCUUAUAUUGCACGAGAAACUUGUGAUGCUUGCACUCCACAAUUUCUCACUGGUAGCAAUGUUUAGGUCACACGUGCACGGCUUCAAGUACGGUCACACUACAGUACCAGGAAACACAAGUUUUCGUGCGCUGUCUUGAAGGCUUUUUCGGCUGCGGCACUAACGAUUUGAGGAGCUUUGCCUAUUGCAGGAUCCUUGCCAAAAAGCAAACUGCACGGACCGUUUCUUGAUGUGCUCUAGUUUUAUAAAUCUACACCUUCUAGAUCCUUUCAGUUCACCGUUCAUACGUCACACAUGGAUCUGAUGGCAUGACAAAGAACUGUGUUAUGUGGCCUUCGCCUGAAUUAACAGCGUUUCACUUAAUAUCGAGCGCAUUAUAAAAAGCCAAAACGAGCGUUUCAGUGGGCAGCUACACCUAUAAAGAUGUCCAUUAAUAACGUCGCGUUUCGAUAUGCCAUGUAGAGGACGUUAAUAAGUGUCCUUGAUUGCGCCAAACGUAAAAAUAAUAAGGGGUGUUCGCUCGUAUUAGGCCGCGCAUGCGUUGUGUCUGCCGUUUUGUUGGCGCUGCUGACAGAACCUCUCGUCGAGGCAGUUACUGCUGCAUUAAUCGUGUUAUUAUUUUUUCUUUAUAAAUCCGCUCGAUACGCCGUGGCGAGCAGCAACUAAAUGCAAAAAAAAAUUUUUUUGAGCUCCUAUCUUGUGUAACCGGGAAAAAAAAUACGUUUCUUGCUUCCUACGAGUAACAAAUUCAGCCAUCACUGUAAAUACACACAUCGUUACCUGAACAGAGCACACGCUCUGACGCCAUUUACUCAUUGCCACUCAGUGCCUGUAUGGGAAUGUACGGCAACGGCACAUGGGCACUCUCGUGCCUAUAGUAUGAAAUCGUGCCUUACGUGCGCUAGUAACCAAUCACUUGCAACGCGUUCGUUUCUGGUAUAUUGUACAAUAUGCGCGCGUUUCUGGGACUGCGCACCAGAGCGUUAGAACUAUGGCCUUGCUGGCCCGCUGAAGAACUGACGUCAUUGGACUGUACUGACCUGCUUUUGGUUGCCACUGCGCGAGGAAUAGUACAACCAAGUGACAUCACGCACAAUUAACGUCACCGCCAAAUUACCUUGAUAACCCUAAAGUUGGAUGUUCACAAAAGCGAAUCGCGCUGUCUGCUCUUUCCUGGAACGAAUGCUAGGUGAUCGUGCCUAACAGUGAAUGUGACCGUCGCGACAGCGCAGUUUUCGUUUCGCGAGCUCUUACGACGUCUCGCGUCUAAUAAACGUUCAGCUCGUGCCUUUGACUAUAUAUGCCAUAGAAAUGAGUUUGAUCAGUGAGCCUGUCGUAUACUGAGUCGACCCGUGGCAGUCCGUUGACCGGCGAUAUGUUCCCUGCCUGCCACUCAGUGCCGCUGAUAUUGGCAGCCCAUCCGCCCUCUACAGGCCUGCGGCUGUCGCGAGGGCCCCGGGAAGCAACGCGCAUGUGACAUCCCCGAGAGAAGUGCAACGCGUGGCAUCUGUACUAUCACUCAACACGGGUCAUCAUUCACCUCUGAGGUGGGUAAACUUAUCGAGAGGGUUCCCGGAAAGAUUCGGUCGUCCACCUUCUACUUGCUACUAACUUCGAGUUCGUCUUCCUUGACAGUCGAGCACCGCGAACGUCAACGUGUUUCUUUUGUUUUUAUUACUCCAAAAAAAAAGAAAAAAAAGCAGGAAAAGCAUACCCUGCCGUUCGCCCCGCGAAGUGGUCGUCUGCCGCAGCGUCGUGCCGUCUGCUAGAGGAAGCCAGACGCACCCGCGAUGACGGGUUGAUUGAACCGGCAUAGGAAAGGGCGGGCGUGUAGUUCCCCGCCGCUUCGCCGUGCGUCCAACGUGUUCACGGACGACUGCCUCGCGCCCCCGAACAAUGGUAUGCACGAGUGCUCGCCCCCCCCCCCCCCCCCCCUCUGUGUUUUGUGCGUUCAUCUCCGCGAUUGCCGGUAACCUCCUCCCCUCCACCUUCCACCCUCUGUGACUGCGCUAACGAACUGCCUGUAGGACUACAUCUCUCCUUCUCUCUCAAACACCACCGACACCCCUGUGCCUCGUGACCCAAACGCGGGUGCCUGUGUGCAGCGGAGACGACAAACGGAAGUCAGCGAGAUUCGACAGCGCGUCACGUCUCCGAGGAAGUGACGUGACGCCUUCGACCAGACGACGGCGAUACCUGCUGGCAUGAAUUUCUAAUAUAUUCUUCCGUUGCUGGUUGUCUUCGUGCUUCCUGUAUAGGCGACUAUGGUUGCGUCUUCGAUGACGCUUGUUGCUGUUUGUAGUUCUUUUUUUUUUCUUUCACUACCUUGCCAGUGCACCCGAGAUGCACGGGUGUUAUGGGUGUGCGUUUGUGCAGUGCGAGAUGAUUGACAAUGUCGUCGUUUGCGGAGUCCCCUCUGUGAGCCUUGAGAAACCAGCCGUCGACGAAGACACACUCACACAUUGUUGCCGAGACGAUGAAUAAAUGCGAUUACGUGUGAG